GGGAGCUCAGGUUACCGCUGCCGCAUCGCUGCCUCCCCUCUCAUCUCGCUCUGGAGACACAGACGAUCGUGCACCGCCUCUCUCGGGAUGGCGGGGGGAUCGAGGGAGGCUUCACACACCGUAGCCGGCGCCUCCCGGUAGGAAGGGGCAGCCCGCCCGCUUGCCCGCUGCAGCCCCCGCGCAACAUGGCCAGAGCCGCCGGAGGAUGCGCUGCCGGCGCCUGAGGCGUCCGCCUCCCGGGUUGUCUCAGAGGCAGAAUCCAGAGGCUGUGUGGACCUCUGGUCUGGGCCAUCACAACCAUUUCAGUAAUGGAAGUUUCCACACCCGAGGUGACACUUCUCUACCUGACGUGGAAAGAUGGUGUUUUCAAGUGGAUGAGACCUGUGAAUAUUUAUUCUUUUCCUUGUGAUAAAAGAGAAGCACCUUUUUAGUGGAUGAAUGCUUCAUGCAAAGGUCCUGUUGUGCCUGUGUGUUGCCUCUGAGAGAGCUGCCAUGUUAAGGCACGUGUGGGAGAAGCACCAGGCUGCAGGCUCCCGUAGCCCACGUCGCUUGGGUCCCAGGUGUUCGUGCAAACUUUGUUUGGAUCCGCGCAGAGCUGUGAAACACUGUGGCGGUCAGUUUAAACAAACUGCUCUCUAGGACACGAAGCAGAUUUGUAACCAGAUACACAGCACAGUAAUCUGCUACAAGGAUAAAGGAUGAAUUUUGUUAUUGUUUGGACCUCUUUCACCUAGAAAGCAGAAAGGGGUAUGGACAACCCCAUUCUCACCUCAGCAUGCUCUAGAGAGUCACCUGAACUCUGCAAAAGAUGGAUUUCAGAAAAUCCAGACUGUUUGUUUGCCUUGUAGGUUUCAGCUGUGCUAGCUUCUGGGUCUUUUACAACUAUUUGACCGAAUUCUGUGUAUUCGGUGAAACUAGCCAAGAUUACCUAUUCCCCAUAGAGACUUUUAGAAGAAUUGGAGGAAACUUCUCACAGCUCCCGGAUAUAGACUGCCAUAAGAAUCCGCCUUUCCUCGUCCUGCUUGUGGCCUCCUCAUACCACCAGGUCAAUGCCAGGAUGGUGAUCCGGCAAACAUGGGGGAAGGAAAGAACAGUUGCCGGCAAGCGCCUGGUGACUUAUUUCCUUCUGGGAAGCACUGUGAAUCUCAGCCAGCAGGCUGACAUUGCUGCUGAAAGCCAAAAGUACAAAGACAUUAUUCAAAAGAAUUUUACAGACACAUAUUACAAUUUGACUUUGAAGACCAUGAUGGGAAUGGAAUGGAUUCACAGAUUUUGUUACCAGGCCAGCUUUGUGAUGAAAACAGACACGGAUGUGUUUGUCAAUGUUUUUUACCUCACUGAACUUCUUCUAAGGAAAAAGAGUGCCACUAGAUUCUUCACAGGCUUUUUAAAACUGCACGAGUACCCCAUACGGAGAAGAGGGAGUAAGUGGUUUGUGAGUAGAGAAGAGUAUCCGGGAAAGACCUACCCGCCAUUUUGUUCUGGGACGGGCUAUGUUUUAUCCACUGAUGUUGCUAGUCAGAUCUAUAAUGUCUCAGAGAGUGUUUCGUUCAUUAAACUAGAGGAUGUGUUCAUAGGACUGUGCCUUGCCAAAUUAAAAAUUCAUCUGGAGGAACUUCAUUCAGAACAGACAUUUUUUCCAGAAAGGAUUAGGUUCUCUGUUUCUCGCUUUAAGAAAAUCGUGAUGUGCCAUGGAGUAGAACCAUCUGAGCAGCUGAGCUACUGGAAUCACUUAGUGAGAGAAAAUCACGGAGGAGUCCUCUAGCACCUUCCCUGCUCGAAUUAACAAACUGAAAUGCUCUCCAUUUACAGGGCUGCUCAUGACUCCAGCAAAACUCCCGGUUAACCCUAGACUCAUCAUGUUAAGGACUUUUUUAAUGCUUAUUUUAAUAUCUUAAUUUCUGUCCAAGAACAUGCAAACCCCUUUCUCUCCCAUUCACUCUCAGUUCUUUGCAUCAAGUUACAAGUAUUUUUUUCUGAAAGAUGCAGACCCACAAAUCUGCACUCUCCAUGGACUGGGUCUCCAAAUCUUCCUGCUACAGGACUGGGAACAUUUCUGCAGUGCCAAACUAAAUGUCAAAGUAUUUUUGUUCAGAGAAGAAAAUUUGCACUUUCUUCUUGGUCUCCCUUGAUAGAUCACUGCAUUUGCACCCAUCUGUGCAAGCAUUUAAGAAAAGGUGUCUGUAGCUGUCAGGACGCUCCCCUCCUGGCGCAGGGAACUGCAGCCCUGCCAGCUCUAUGUGGGCAGAACAGCGUACUGGCACAGAUCUCUCCUUUGGUCUACACAUUUUUUUUUUUCAGAAAUGAGAGAAUUUGCUCAUGCAGUGCUCUUGGGACAACCUUAGGUACUGCAGAUCACCUGGUGAAUGUGUAAGGCUACUGCAUCUAUUUCCCUAUACGUGCCUCCUGCUGAAAAUGAUAUGUGGUAGAACCAGAUCCAUGCUCAGUGGAGAGUGUCCUGGUCUUGCUAUUAAAAUAGACCCUGGAGACAUCUUUUGCAUUUGUGUAUCACUUUCAUUGCUUGAAAGCUACUGUAAAUGGUUUUCCAAAGCUAAACUAGACUCAUUUACAGUAUGCUAAACAGCACAUCUGAGUAAGACAUUUUUACUGAUGAGGAACUGUGUGUACAGCAGAGAAGAUAGGAGGAUUUUUCUCUUUCAAACAAGACCUGAUGUGAAAAUGUGCCCAAAUAAUCUUUCAGGCUGAGAUACUCAUUUCUAGUUUCAUUACCAAGAAGAGACCCAUGAAAUCACUAGGAUGGUUUUCAGAGAUAAGGAAUUGAGUCUUUACAAUAGAUGCUGUGAAAAAUACAUUUGGGCUAUGGGAAUUUUAUUUGCUUUUAUGCACAGAAAAGGUCAGUUUUACCAGCAAAAAAAAAGCAUUGAAUGCCUGUACUAUGUAUGAAAUAUUUUUUUUUUCAGAGAGCAGUAACAGUGGUGCUGCUCCCUAGGGGAAGAUGAGAUGGGAGCCGAGUGGCUCUGACAGACAGCAGGGCUCAGCCCCACACACCCACACAAGGGAGCAGGACAGACCCACAGAUGGUGGCGCAGUCCAACCAAGAGUCCCGGUCCUGAGGAAGUAUCAUGGGGAUAAGGUAGGUGUGAGGUCCAGCCAGCAGUGACCAGGCCCUGGUGAUGGCAGGUGGGGGUCAGGAUCAGGCCCAGUGUGGGGAACCAGGGCCAGACACUGCCCCAGGGUUGAGGGUGAGGACAUACACUGAAUGUGGUAAAAAACAUGGAGGAAAGAUAUUUUAUUACUUUGGGGUUAUUUAAUUUUAUUGUUUAUUUUCUUUUUACUGAAUCUGUGAGGACUGUCCGAGUGUUUCUUUUUACUUGUCUGUGUCUGAAGAGCAGGAUAAAUAUCUUCAGCAGAAAUACUGCCUCAUCCUGAAAAAUUUUUAAUAACAGUAAUAACAUAUUAUUUAUUUCCUUCUGAUGUAGAGUAAACUGAACUCACGCACUUAUUUUUGACAACUUAUGAUGAAAGAAAUAACGUACAUUUGUUUGGCAGAAGAAUAAUCUUCUUUAUUUUAAGCUUCCCAUUCAGGAAAUAGCUGUGUAGAUGGUGUUUGCAGGGAUGUGACUAGCCAGGUGGUCGGAUGGGUGACCAAGGAGGUGUUCGCCUUUCCCUAGUGCGUACCCUGUGCCAGAGGGUGGGCAGCCAGGUCUGGGUUGGACAACAUCUCCCCGCCUCCCAUCCCAGCAUUGCAGGUGGAUCUGCCCUUGGACUCAAAGCCCUGCUGUAGCACAUCUGUUUUUGCUGCUGCCUUCAGUAGGUGUGAUGGGUCAGAUUGGUAAAGCUUAGCAACAGCAUUUUGACCAUUAUUCUUUCCAUGCAACCUGCAGAAAUGUCUUUUUGUCAUUCAUUGCUAUUGUACUCAAGAUGCAAGUGGGCUAUUGCUUUCAUUUAUGGAAAAAUGUGGAGCAGAAAGGAAUACUUCCUAGCCUCUCCUAACUCCCUUUCUUCCUUGUGGAUUAGAGGGUCUGUGACCUGGGACAACACAGUGCAGCCUCAAGUUUAUUCUGACUUCUUCUUGUUCUCAGUGAGAUAAUCCUUCAGUCCCUCCUGGGUCUCACUUCCACCUCUGUGCCUGGUGCCACCCGUGUCCCAGCUGGCAGGACCAGUCCAACCAUGCAGUCCCAGGGAACCUGUGUCUCAGCAGAACAGCUGUUCAUUUACACAUGGGUGUGCUGACUUGUUCACCUCCACUAGGUGUUGAGAUCCAAGAAGUAUGGUGGCACCAGGCUCCUGGGGUGGCGUGGCUGCUGGUCUGUCAGGCUGAUUUGGUGACCAAAGGGUAAAGUCUCCCAGUAGGAGACAGUACUUUGGGUUGCUUCCCUGAAUGAUGGCUACUUGUAAAUGGCAUUAAAAUAUGUCUUACCUGAGCAGUUUGUGGUUUUGUAUCAUUAUAAAAACGUUACCCUUGAGGGCCAGGUCCUGCUAGACUUCUUGACUGUGGCUUUUAUUUUAGUUCAAGAGUGUUCCUAAUUAUCUGAAUACAGCUACUAGCUGGGAAGGUAGUGCUAUUCUCUCUUAAUCACAUUUGCAGAUGCUACCCCUAUAUUUUUGGGACAGAAUCCAUAGCUACCAUGCCAUUAAGAAAAAGGUCCUCAGGUGUGUUUUAAGAAACCGUCACAUUCUGGAUACUGUUUCCAGGGAGUCUAUUUGUAAUCUCAAGUGACCUCUGCAAGAUGCUGGUCUCUUUAUUCCUUCAUUUAAAAUACUUUGUCCUCCCUGAAUACAUGUUCUUAAGCAACUAAUAGCCUGCUUAUGUGAAGCAUUUGUCUUAUCACUGCUAAAUCUCUGAUGAGGAACAAAUUAGUACAGGUUGAAAUGUUAUGGGUUUGGAUAGCCUGCUCCUCUCCUUUUUGCAAAUCAGCUUCCCAAGUGAACGUUUAUGUUGCUGCAGAUUAUUUUCCUCAACAUAUGACUUUCUUUGUACUCGCAUAAAUAAGAAAUUGAUUUCAUAAUUCUCUCCAUUCAGUAGGAUGCUUUGAAUAAUUAAUUAUUUAAAUUAUAAGGUCAUCCUGCUGGAAAAGGUGAUUUAAGAAAAGUAGAUGAUUGCAUGUAAGGCAAAUUAAUUUAUUUAAAUAAAAUCACUAUGCUAGUCAGUUUAUAUGUAUCAGCUAAAUGAAAUUAACUUUUGCAUUUUAGGCCUCAGAUCAUGGAGUUUAACUCAAUCAAAGAGUCUUAGGGGCCUUUUGCAAAAUUAUGUGCAUUUUCCUAUGAAAGACCAGAAAUAUGACUGUAAACACAAUACUGCCGUGUAUACAUACUUAUUUUUAAAUUUUUUAUAGGCUGAUAAAAUAAUUUAGGCUAUUUUGGGACAGUUUAUCUGUAGAAAUACUGCACUAUCCUAACAUUUUUAGGCUUUCUGAGUCAGAUGAUCACUAAAUCAGGUUUUUACGAAUAGCUUUGAAAAGUUACUCUGAAAAGUUACUCCGUUGCUUCUCCUUUAGUAGAAAGGAGUGCAAAAAAUCAGCAGAGCUCAUAGUGUCUUAGAGUUGCUUAGAUAUAUGCAUUUCAGCAUUCUCUGUUUCUUCCAACACUAGAUCAGUUUUUGAAUACAGAAAAAUGAAUGCAUUUUUCACAACUCUAACUCAUCAACUAACAUAUUCUUAGUUUAGGUUACGAUUUUCAAAAAUAUCCUUGAAGCAUUCGAUCACACAUCUCAUCUGAUUCAGUAUUAUUGAGCAUGUAUAACCCUUCCAAGCACUUUCGAGAAUACGGAGUAGAUUUUUGUAAUGAAACAUUUGCCUUACAUAAAAGCCGAACGGAACACAAGGGCUAACUGUCUGUAAUCAAUCUGACAGGAAUGCUGCUCUUCUUGGAUUUGUGCGGGUUACUAUAUAAUGUUAAUAUAAAAUGUGUGACAAUGUUUGCAUUAUUUGCAUAGAACAUGAGAAUGAGAAUGUUGAGCUAGCUAUUCAAUGUAUGAUAUUUUAGUAAAGUCUUUUGUUACCACA